AUGUUAGUUGUCUCGGAAUGUCUAUCUUCUAAAAAUGUAUUGACAUUACGUACAUAUAUGGAUGAUAAAGAUGAUGCUAAAAGUUUUAUUAGGAAAUUUGGAAAAUUUGAUGAUAGUUAUUGGAUACAAGGUAAUAGGUUGAAUAAAGGAAAUAGUAGUCGGUUUGUAAUGCAUAACAAAUGGGUGUGCAGUUUUAGUCCACAUAGAAAAGUGGAAAGCAGUAAAAAAAACCAAAAAUGCGAUGCAUUUAUUGAUAUUUUGAUAAAAAUUGUGACAAAAGGAUCUAAGAAAAAUGAUGAAUACUUAAAAAGAGACCCUCCUCUAAACACUGUUAUUAAAAUUAAUCCUUUUCAUAGCCAUAACUGUGGUAGUGCUGAUGCUCUAAAGCGAUUAUUUAUUGAUCCAGAAGUAAAAUCUGUUUUUCUAAAAUAUUUUGCUGAUGGACUUUCUCCUAGUCAAGCAAUGAAACAGAAUAUAUCUAGACUUCGUACUCUUCCAAAUUAUAUAGUUUCAUUGGCUAAUGGUGCAUUGAACCCAAGACCUUGGACUAUAUAUAGACUGUGGCAUAAAUAUUUGGAAGAAAACUAUGGAAGUUUUAAGGAACCUUUUGAGAGAUUGGAAGAAAAAAUCCCAGAUUAUUUAAACCAAGGCAUACAUGUUGUAAUGGAUAAAACAGAUCCAUGGGUAGUCCUUGUUGUAACACCAUUAAAUGAAAGAGCACAAAAACUGAAAAAUAGUUCUGAAAUCAUAUUUAUGGAUUCAACUUCUAGCUGUGAUGUGUCCAUGGCAUCUGUUACUGUUCUCUUAACAGCUACAAAGGGAGGUGCAGUGCCAAUUGGGGUUUUAAUUCAUAAGCAACAAACGGCUGUGGCCUAUGAAAAGGGAUUUAAAAUGCUAAUGGAUAAUUUUCCCUUAUGUUUCAAUGGAUUAACGUAUCCAAAAAUUAUAAUGACAGACGAUUCCAUGGCUGAAAAAAAGGCAAUUCAAGAAAUUUGGCCUCAAACCACUCAGAUUCUCUGUAUAUUUCAUUUUUUACAAGCCGAAUGGCGAUGGUUGAUGUCUUCUAGUAGUAAUAUAUUACCUGUUAACAGGCAACAGUUGAUGCAACUUUUUAGAAAAGCUGUAUACGCUAAGAACCAUGAAGAUUUUCAAGAUGUAGUUAAUGAAAUUAAUCAUUUGGAAGGAAAUCAAUCAUUCAAAGAUCGCUUUAAUGAAAAUUUAAAAAGAAGUCAGGAAUGGUCAAUGAGUUAUAGAAAUGAAAAUCUUAUAACUCGUAAUAAUCAAACCAAUAAUUAUUCAGAGGCAACAAUUAGAAUUCUGAAAGAAAUUAUUUUAGAACGUACUAAAGCAUAUAAUGUUGUUGCAUUGGUUGAGUUUAUUUCAAUAAUUUGGGAUAAAUAUUUUAUUAAUCGUUUGUUAGAUUUUGCUUACAAUAGGAGGAAUCAAAAAGACUAUGAAUUACAAUUGACAAAAAUGAAAUCAGUUGACCCGAAUUCUAUAUUACAGAUUGAUGAAUUUUUAUACAAAGUUCCAAGCUCUAAAGAUAGCAAAAAGUUUUAUGAUGUAAAUACCAUUAUUGGGUGGUGUAGUUGUUACAGUGGCAAACAAGGAGGGUUUUGUAAACACCAAGCUUUAUUAAAACAAUAUUAUGAUAUUGAAUUUCCAAAUAGCCCAGUAACUGAUUCAAAUGAAAGGCAUAAACUUGCCUUAUUAACUCUGGGAAUCAGAGAUUGCCCUCCAAAACCAUUUUAUGAGGUACUUUAUUACAUAUUUUAA